AUACUCAUUUGCACUCGACUCGGAGAGUCGAAUCUAUCCGUCCACUCGUUAUGACAAAAUUAUCAGAAAGAAAUUAGUGAAGAAGCAAUCGGGAUUGCUUUGCCAUACGUAUUUAUGGCUUCCGCAAUCUUCCUUCGGAACAUUUUGUGUAUUUCUCACCGCACUGCACAAUGUUACCAGAAAGAAGCGGUGGUUCUGAAUCAUCCUUGCCAGUUCCUUUCCUCAGAAUCCUUGUCAAGGCUGAAGAAGCAAUCUCUGCUCUCAACCCUACAAAUCAAGAUUUCGAAAACGCACAAAUUUCAAGCAGUUCCUGCCGUCUUCGCCGCACAGUCCAAUUUCUUGAAAGUGCUCCAAACGGUCUGGAAGGUGGGGAAGGAUGGAAUUGAAGCUGGAACCAAUCUGGUACCUGAUACUGUUCCAAGACCAGUAGCAAGGAUAUCAGUUACUGCAGUUGCAGUGGCCCUAGUGCUCUUCGUACUCAAGUCAGUCUUAUCUACAGCUUUCUUCGUGCUGGCAAUGAUGGGGGUCAUAUACUUCGCAUUCAUAGCCUUGAACAAAGACAAUGGUCCAAAAGGUGGUGGUGGUGGUGGUGGUGGUGGCACUGGCACCACUUCUACAGAGGAUAGUCUAGAAGAGGCAAGAAGAAUUAUGGAGAAGUACAAGUGAAGAAGGCAACCAUAUCGGAAAACACUUAUCAUCGAUUAUUUAUCGUGUGAUUACAGUACUCGUUUGUCACUUCAAUCUGUAUGUAACUGAACAAAUCACUGUUGUCAAUAUGUAAUGAAUCACGAUGGAACAAUGCUUAUAAGUA